AUGUCUCUACAGUGGACUCGAGCGGGUCCUUUGCGACACCUGCGCCUCGGCGCCACCUUCUCUCCUACUCGCGUGAUCGCCGUGCAGAACCAGCUCCGCAACUUAUCUUUGUCGGCAGAGCCUCGAUCGAAGAGUUCGCAGAUCGGCUCCUUUUCAGCAUUUAUUUCCCAGACUCGUGCAUUGUCGACCAGGACCGCGGCAGAGACUGCGGCAGAGACCGAGAGCGCAAAGCCCAAGCGUGGACGCCCGCCGGGCUCUACGAAGGCAGCCGGCUCGAAUGGAAAAGCUCCUAAGAAGGCGGCCGCCAAGGCCAAGAAGCCGAAGAAGCAAUUGACCGACAAGCAAAAGGAGGACAAGGCAAAGCGUGCGCGCUCGGCACAAAUUAAGGAACUCAAGGUCCUUUCACUGAACCCUCCCGCGAAGCUCACAGCGAGCGCCUGGCCCCUCGGCGUGAAGGAGAUGUACGAAAGCGUCAACUCGGGAUCUGGCACCAGCCAGGAAAAGCUGACGGAGGCCAUCACUAAGCUCAAGGCCCUGAGUCCCGAGGAGUACAAGAAACUCGAAGACAAAGCCGCUCAGAACCGAGCCACCAACGCUGCGAACUAUGAGGCUUGGAUCAAAACACACACCCCCAAGCAGAUUAAGGAAGCCAACAGCGCCCGUCGGUCCUUGUCUCGCUUGCAGAAGAAGCGCAUUGCGCUGCUCCAGGAUGACCGGCUGGUCAAGCGUCCUCGGACUGCUUACUUCUUCUUCAUGUUGGAGCGCAUUCGUGACGGUGACCUCAAGGGCAAGCGUGGCCCCGAUGUUACUCGCAUUGUUGGUGAGGAGUGGUCGAAACUGACCGAGUAUGAGAAGCAGCCUUACAAGAACAAGCAGGCGGAGGACCGCACACGAUUCGAGCGGGAGUACAAGGAAGUAUACGACGAGACUCCGGCUCCAAGCAAUUCCAAAGAUAUGGAAUAA